AUGUACGGGACUCAGCCGAGGAAACACUCAGCAGCGAGACGCGAGCAGGACGCAGCCGCAGAUGAAGAGUUGCAGCGACGCGCGAUCGAUGCAUGGCAAGAUUGCAUGUGGGAUUUAUCCCAGCUGCGCGAGCAAGCGUCGCAGAGGGCGCAGGACGCGCAAGAUCACCAGAAGAGCUACUAUCACGCCAAGCGUAAAUCGGCCUCAUACAAUGUGGGAGACUUGGUGAUGAAGCGAAAUCACGUGUUGUCUUCUGGAGCGGAGCAACGCUCCGCGAAGCUAGCGCCACCGUAUAUUGGGCCGUAUAAAAUCGUGGAAAUACGCGGUACCAAUACAUACCGGCUUGUCGAUGAGGUGGAUCUUGCGCCAGCUGCGCAACUGAAACCGUUCUACGCGUCAGCGACGGACAAGGAGUUGCAGAAGAGCGAAGAAGAUGGCGCCGCUCAACCGCCGAGGGAUGCGAGCGUAGACGCGGACCGUCCGAAGCGAACCAAAAAACCGCGUGCGAUCGUAUCAAACCCUGCGGCCAAGAAGAGAGGCCGGCCAGACAAGAAGGUGUAUACGGCUAGGCGUGCCAGACCUACGCCUGAGACCGCUAAUGCUGGGGUCGACACCGAGAAGAAGAGACCUGGUCGUCCGAAGGGUUCGCGCAACCGCGGGCAUGCCACGACGACUACUAACCCGUCGACAUCACCGCGAAAAACGCGUGCGCAAAGAGCUGCGGACCUAAGCUAG